CCCCCCUCUCUCUCUCUCUCUCGGAUUGUGCCCUGUGGACUGAAAAUCGAUGAAAAAUGUCAGGAAAGGGCGCGAAGGGGUUUAUGGGCAAAAGCCCAGCGGCCGCGUCCUCUAGCAAAGACAAAGACAAGAAGAAACCCAUCUCUCGAUCCUCUCGCGCUGGUCUUCAGUUUCCAGUGGGUCGAAUUCACCGUCUUUUGAAGGAAAAGGUGAAUGCCAAUGGAAGAGUUGGGGCAACAGCCGCUGUCUACUCUGCUGCGAUUUUGGAAUACCUAACUGCUGAAGUGUUGGAGUUGGCGGGUAAUGCAAGCAAGGAUUUGAAGGUGAAACGAAUCACCCCGAGGCAUUUGCAGCUUGCUAUAAGGGGCGAUGAAGAGCUUGACACCCUGAUCAAGGGGACCAUUGCUGGCGGUGGCGUUAUACCUCACAUCCACAAGUCCCUCAUCAACAAAUCAUCGAAAGAUUAGGCUUUUUCUAAUGGUCAACUCUGCUGUCUCAUUAAAUAAGGUAGUGUCAGUGGAUGCAAACUCAGUCUUGCUUCUAGGUUAAACAGUUGCAGUUGUGUACAUUUGUGGAUUGGUGGGUGUGGAUGAUUGAACUCCUUUGGGUAUGAAAUGGCUUGUUUGUCUUGGGCCUUGGUUUUCAUCCACAUUCUUCCCUUUUUCAUUUGUUAGUUGAUGGAUGCUUGAAUCUUGAUUUCUGCAAUU